AUGCCCAUCCCACUCAGAGAAACGCCGAACGAGGCCGAUUUGGAAAGGUCUGGAAACAUCAACGCCCUCCAGUACGAACGCUGGCGUCUCUGGGAGAUUGAAAAGCCGAAUGUCAACGCCGAUUUUAAUAUCUACAACCUUCUUCAGACGGAGGUCAACCUUCGGGAGAAUAUUCAGCGCGAGAUGGCCCUCGAACACAAGCUGGCAGCCUGUCAAAAGGAACACGCCACCAAUCCGAAUCUCAAUCUUGUCACUCGUAUUCGAGAGGUGGUCGUCGGCCAGGGCUUCAUUUCCGGAAGGCCCGUUAACCCGAGGAAUCGAAUUAUGGCGAUCACACCCAAGGUGGUAUAUGCAUCGAAAUUCGAAGCCGGGCAUUGCACUAUUGAGUGUCUCUGUUGUGAAAAAUCUCGCGGAUUUGCGUUCACUGCCAAAGGAAAAGAGAUCUUUGACAUGGAAUUCGAUCUUGCAUUUGAUAAGGGGUAUUUCAGGCGAAUCCGCCAUGCCUCUUUGCUGGGGCUCAUACAUGAUAACGACGACAACCCUUUUGAUCUUAUUGAUGAUCAUCCGCGAAGUCGUGAAGCGCCUUCUGCGUGA